CCGGUAUAUAUAGUGGCGCGCGGCGGACCCGACGCCAGUGCAGACCGCGAUGCGAAUCCCGGUGGUGCCUCUGCUGGUGCUAGCGGCGCUGGUGGCUUUGGCCACCUGCCGACCCGCGGAAGACAGCUCGGUGCACGAUGCCGUCCAUUCGCUGCUCCGAAAGAAGAGGACAGUCUGCAAAAUUUGCAUCUCCGGAGAAGGCGGGGGAGGCGGUGGAUUCCCUAGCGGAGGCGGCGGAGGAGGAGGCUUCCCCAGCGGCGGAGGCGGCUUCGGCGGCGGCGGCGGCGGUCGUGGCGGGGGAGGAUUUGGAGGUGGCGGACACGGUGGAGGCGGCUUUCCUGGAGGCGGUGGAGGUGGUGGAUUCCCAGGAGGCGGCGGUGGUGGAUUUCACGGCGGCGGCGGAGGCGGAUUUCCCGGAGGUGGCGGCGGCGGCAAUUACAUCGGAGGCGGUGGGGGCGGUUUCCCCAGCGGUGGUGGCGGCGGUUUUGGUGGUGGAGGUGGAAAGUUCCCAGGAGGCGGAGGCGGUGGAUUUCCCGGUGGUGGGGGCGGGGGCGGCGGCUUCCCUGGCGGUGGCGGCGGCGGCGGCGGCUUCCCCGGCGGGGGUGGCAGCGGCGGAGGAGGUCGUGGCUGUUCUAGCUGCGGCGGCAAUUCCGGGUCGUACAGCUCCUCCUCCAGCCAAUCUUCCAGUUCCAGUUACAGCGGAGGGCAUGGCUAACCAACAACUACUGCACUAACGUCGAAGAUGAAACGACAAAACAUAAAUUAAGGAAUAUUUUAUUUGUCAUCAGAUAACGAGUAAAACAAUACAUAAACUGUCUGUAAAUGAAAUCAAAAUUAAAUAAAACUCCGAUUUAUACAUUCAUAUUCAAA